AGAUUUAGUAGGAAUAGUGCGUUUAUGAAAAUUAUGUUACGUCGAUAAAUAUUCAACUUAUCGAAAAAAAUCACACUUUGCGGUCCGUUAUAUUGUAAAGAAGAAAAGGAAAAUGGGUGAUUUCUUUAGGAGUGCCUUUGGCUACAUAGGUAAUACAGUUUCAAGAGAUGACAAUGAUUUUGUGGGACAACUCGUGGAAGUUGGACAACAGAGUCUCAAGAUCAAGCGGCUUAUUGCCGAAGGCGGUUUCGCUUAUGUAUACGAAGCUGUAGAUAAUAAAUCUGGUAAAGAGUACGCGCUUAAGAGAUUAUUAGCAGCAGAUGAUGAAAAGUGUAAAGCUAUAGUCAGAGAAAUUACAUUUUUCAAAAAGCUCUCUGGUCAUCCAAAUAUUGUCAAAUUUAUGAACGCAGCGAGUAUUGGGAAGAAUGAUUCUGGUCAUGGUCAAGCUGAAUAUUUACUUUUGACAGAAUUAUGUACAGGAGGACAAUUAGUAGAUGUCAUUAACAAAAAAGAACGCUUAAAAGUCGAACAAAUUCUUCCCUGUUUCUAUCAAAUAUGCAAUGCUGUACAGCACAUGCAUGAUCAAAAGCCUCCAAUUAUACAUAGAGAUUUAAAGAUCGAAAAUGUGCUUAUUAGUUCAAGUGGCCAUAUGAAGCUAUGCGAUUUUGGAAGUGCUACUGUUCAAGUAUUCGAGCCUGAUCCUAGUUGGUCGGUAAAUAAGAGAAAUCUUAUAGAAGAAGAACUUGCUAAACAUACAACACCAAUGUAUAGAACGCCAGAAAUUUUAGAUCUUUUUCUCAAUUAUCCUAUUAAUCAUCAAUCAGAUAUAUGGGCACUUGGUUGUGUCCUAUUUAUGUUAUGUUUCCUCGAGCAUCCCUAUGAAGAUUCAGCUAAAUUAAGAAUACUGAAUGCUAAUUAUAAAAUACCUCAUGGAGAUACAGUUUACAAAUGUUUUCAUGACCUCAUUAGAGCAUCUUUUAAUGUGGAUCCAAGGGAGAGACCAACCAUUCACGUUAUUAUGGCCCAGAUGGAAGAAAUAGCCGCAGUUUCAUCAGUUAAUUUACAAUCACCCUUUAUAGGUAUUACGAAUAGUAAUAUUACUCCUGAAUCUAAUCGUCAAGCUGGGCAAACAAAUUAUUAUAAUCAAGAUGAUGGACGCCCGUCACCUAAAAAUGAUAAUAUGGGCGGAAUGGCUCAAUCUUCAAUGGGUUCAUUGUUUAACUCUCUUAGAGGUGGUGCAGCAAAUCUUAUGAAAAAUGUUAAAGAUGCUUCUAGUAAAGUUAUGGAAACAGUACAGACAAUGAGUAAAGCAGAUGGUUUAGAUAUAUCUUAUAUUACAGCACGGAUAAUUGCUAUGUCUUAUCCUGCCGAAGGAAUGGAAGCAGCAAUUAAAAAUAAUAUAGAUGACGUUCGAGUAUUCUUAGACGCUAGACAUUCCAACUCUUUUGCGGUUUAUAAUUUAACCCAUAGAACUUAUCGACACGGAAAAUUUGAGAAUAGGGUUUCUGAAUUGGAUUGGCAACCAAAAAGAGCUCCACCGUUUAGUAGUUUACUAAACGUUUGUAAAAAUAUGCAUUUAUGGUUACGCCAGGGAGGUAGAAACGUUUGCGUUCUGCAUUGUUUGGACGGCAAAUCAAAUACGGCCUUCGCAGUUGCCGCUGUUCUAUGCUACUGCAGAUUAUUUGACAAACCUAGUCAAGCUCUUCAAUUAUUUGCUGCCGCUAGGGGACCCCCGUUAAUUCAACCUUCACACGAGCGAUACGUUCAAUACAUUUGUGAUAUGGUUGGAGAAGAGAAUUACAUUCCACACUCAAAAUACGUUAAUCUGAACAGAUUAGUUAUGGCUCCAGUACCACUUUUCAAUAGAUCAAAAAGCGGUUGUAGGCCUUUUGUAGAAGUUUUUAUGGGUGAUGAAAGGGUAUUAACCACAAGUAUUGAAUAUGACAAAAUGAGAAUGUUCUCUGUUGAUGAUUCUCAUAUAAGCAUUCCAAUAAGUUGUCAAGUAUGUGGGGAUGUUACAAUUGUUGUUUAUCAUGCACGUUCAACACUUGGGGGUAAAGUACAAGGAAAAAUAACAUCUUUAAAAAUGUUUCAAUUUCAAUUUCAUACCGGAUUCAUGCGUCCUGAUAAAAAAUCUAUGAGAUUCAGAAAGAGAGAUUUAGAUCAAACUGAUACGGAUGACAAAUAUCCAGAUUCAUUUCUUGUAAGCAUUGAAGGAGUCGUAUCUGAUAAAUCAGGAUUUAUUGAUGAUGAUAGUUGGCAAAACUUUUCAAAGAAAAAUUUAAAUCCUAAAUUAUUAUUUAGAGAUGAUGAAGAAAUGCAGAGAGCAAUCACAAGAUUUGGUAUGUCCAAUCGUCUUAAGAAACAUAUGGACAAACAAGCUCCGUCAGAAUCUUCUGAUACUAGUAGUCCAGAAGCAAAUACUCUAACAAAUAAAUUUGCUCGAAUUGAUAUCGAAUCUUCUGAAUCAAAACCUGAAAUCAUUCCUAGUAAAGAAAACAAACCAGCUUCAAAAAGUUUCUUUGAAACAUUACAAUGGGAAGAUAGUGAAGCUUUGAAUGAAAAUAAAGAGGAAGAAGUGUCCGUAAAUAAACGAAGUAGUCCAAUUGACAAGGCAACUCCAGUAGUUAAUACAACACCGGCAAAAAAGGAACCAGCUAGGGAAGAAUUUACCGAUCUGUUAGGCUUAAAUACAUCUGCAACAGUUAAAGAAAGUACUCUUCCAACUAAUGUUGACCUAUUAUCGGGUAUUCCAAAUACAACAAAUGUUGAUUUAUUAAGCUCUUGCGUGAACGAAUCUCAGGAGCAAAGAGUGGAGCAAACGAAACAAGAAGAAAAUCUUUUUGAUACUGAUUUCUUCGCUCAACCAGCUGCAAGAAAUACUCAGCAAACGAAAACUAAUGACGACUUAAAUGAUUUAUUUUCUAGUCAGACGGUGAAGCCACAACAAGGUUCGAUUAAGGAUGACUUGUCAUAUUUUAGUAAUGCAACUAAAACUGCGACAAGCGGAGGUGAUUUACUGGGAGAUUGGACCUCCAUGAAUUUAACAUCCGGCUCCAAAGUAAACUUACCCCGAAAUAAUUCGGCUCAUAAUUUAAGUACGAAGAUGACAGACAGUCAAGCUUCGCCAAAAACAGCUAAAAAGAACGAUCCUUUCUUAAACAUUGAUAUGGGAAAUUUGAGCGGGAUGAAGCACAGCGCAAGCACAGGUUCAAAGUUAUCUAAUAUUGGUACUGGGAGCAGCCCGCAACACCAAGCCAAGCCUAAUUAUUCGUCUAAUAACUUUACGGCUCCUAAGCAAGCACCUGCUGGACCUUAUCCAACAGCUUUUGCACAAAAUAAUAGAACAUUUGUAACUGGAAAUCCUAUGAUGGGUAGAGGAACUCAAAAGCCUUUUGGGCCAAAACCAAAUGUUAGCGAAGACACUUUUUCGGAUUUGCUAGGCGGACAUGCAUUUACAAAGCCAUCCAACGAACCGAGAACAAUGAAGGAAAUGCGAAAAGCUGCUCUGGCUGAAACAGUUGAUCCUGAUGUUCUCAAGGUCAGAGAAUGGGUUGAAGGAAAGGAACGGAAUAUAAGAGCGCUUUUGUGCUCGUUAGACCGUGUCUUAUGGGACGGAGAGGCGCGUUGGAAACCACCAGGAAUGCACCAAUUGGUUAGCGGUAAUGAUGUGAAGAAAUGGUAUAGAAAAGCAGUUCUCAGUGUUCACCCAGAUAAGCUAACAAAUACAGAGCAUGAAGAUAUAGCCAAGUUAAUAUUUAUGGAACUAAACGACGCAUGGUCAGAAUUUGAAAAAAAUGGCAUGUCUUCAUUAACUUAA